AUUAUGUGCAAGCUACUCCUCCUUCUUGCACUUCUAGGAAGCACUCAAGCCCAACUCUCCCUAUACAUACCCGACACUGACCCUCAGCCUUUGUCUGCUAUCGAGCUCGGUGUGGGAGAGGAUGGGAGGACGACAUGGGAGAUCUUACCUGGGGAGCCGACGGGCACUUGGGUUGGGCAGCCAGAUGGGUUCCCUACGCUAACCUUGGUCGAAGGAGCCCAAGAUGCCAUCCUCACUGGCGCUCCAGAUCUAUCCUUUGCCGUAUCCUGCACACUCCUCCCCACGACCCCCGGGCAAUCCACACCCUUAGCAAGUUGUACAAACCUCGACGGUGGUGCACGGUGGGAAGAAGAUGCUGCUCCUAUACUUGUACAGACCGGGGCGGCUCCGACAGGGGAUACGACAGCCACUUCUGGAGGGACGAGUGCGCAGAGCACCACACGCGCUAUUAGCCCGAAUGGACCUGUGAGUGGGAGUCCAGUGGUGCCGAGCAGCUCGAGCAGGCCACAGGGGAGCGGGGCGCUUCCUUCACUCCCAGGUUUAGGCGUGAUCUGGAUUAAAGUGGGGAUGGUUGCUAUUGGGUUGGCAGCGUUUGGUAUAUGGUAAAGCUGUAGUAAGCUUGUGACGGGGAGUUGCGGUCGGUGGUAAGAUGACAGCCGCAUCGGCGAUAAGAUUCGCAACACAACAUUAAACGCUGUAGCAAUUGAGUAUUCCCUAGCUGCCAUGCUCUCUACUUGUCCAGUAUAGCCUUGUCAGC